AGUCACCAACCAUCGUCGUCUUCUUCUUCUUCUUCUCGAUCUUUUUCCCCUUCGUUUCUGGUCGGGCAACCGCCAUCGCAGCCCAAGAGACGCACUCUGGGAGAAGUUAUUGCCGUGCUUAAACUGCUCGUCUGAGCCUGUCUUACGGGUAUCAGUUGAUAGGCAGAUUCUUUCAGUUAAGAGAGAGGAGGGGGAGACAGAGAGAGUGAGAGGUUAGGGAUGGCCAUGGCGGUUCCGGGGCAGCUCAACAUCAACGAGUCUCCUUCCUGGGGAUCGAGGAGCGUCGACUGCUUCGAGAAGCUCGAGCAGAUCGGGGAAGGAACCUACGGUCAAGUCUACAUGGCUAGAGAAAAGAGAACAGGCGAAAUCGUUGCUCUGAAGAAAAUACGAAUGGACAAUGAGAGAGAGGGGUUUCCCAUCACAGCCAUACGUGAAAUCAAGAUUCUGAAGAAACUUCAUCAUGAUAAUGUAAUCAAGUUGAAAGAAAUUGUGACAUCGCCAGGCCCCGAGAAAGAUGAGCAAGGGAGGCCAGAAGGGAACAAAUAUAAGGGAGGCAUCUACAUGGUAUUUGAAUACAUGGACCAUGACCUAACAGGCCUCGCAGAUCGUCCUGGGAUGAGAUUUUCGACUCCACAGAUCAAGUGCUACAUGAAACAACUAUUGACUGGGCUUCACUAUUGUCACAUUAACCAAGUGCUUCAUCGAGAUAUAAAAGGCUCAAAUCUUCUUAUUGACAACGAGGGCAAUCUGAAGCUUGCGGAUUUUGGGCUUGCUCGAUCAUACUCAAAUGAUCCUGGUGCAAACCUCACCAAUCGUGUCAUUACAUUAUGGUAUAGACCUCCAGAAUUGCUGCUUGGGGCAACAAAAUAUGGUCCCGCAGUUGACAUGUGGUCUGUGGGCUGUAUCUUUGCUGAGCUUCUUCAUGGGAAACCAAUCUUUCCAGGAAAAGAUGAGCCAGAGCAAUUAAACAAAAUUUUUGAGUUAUGUGGAGCUCCAGAUGAUAACAAUUGGCCUGAUGCCUCAAAAAUGCCUUGGUAUAAUAACUUCAAGCCAACAAGACCAAUGAGGAGACGCCUCCGAGAGGUUUUCAAGCACACUUUCGAUCGCCAUGCUCUGGACUUGUUGGAAAGGAUGCUGACCCUUGAUCCUUCUAAGAGAAUAUCGGCGAAGGAUGCCCUCGAUGCAGAAUACUUCUGGACCGAUCCACUCCCAUGUGAUCCAAAGAGUUUGCCCAAAUAUGAAUCAUCGCACGAGUUCCAGACGAAGAAGAAGCGUCAGCAGCAGAGGCAACACGAGGAGAACGCCAAACGCCAGAAACUCGGACACCCACCUCAGCACGCGCGUCUUCCGCCCAUGCAGCAGACGGGGCAGGCCCAUGCAGCCCAGAUGAGGCCAGGUCCCAACCAGCUGAUGCAUGGGUCUCAGCAACCUGUUCACGCAGGAGGGCCAUCGGGCCAUCACUAUGGGAAGCCUCGCGGUCCAUCUGGAGGCCCAAACAGAUACCCAUCGAGUGGGAACGCAGGCGGGGGCUACAACCACCCAAAUCGCGGAGGACAGGGCGGUGCUGGGGGCAGUGGAGGGUAUGGCAACGGGCCCUAUCCUCAGGGCCGGGGUGCCCCAUACGGCUCAAGUGGCAUGCCAGGUGGUGGCCCUCGCGGUGGAGGCGGAAGUGGGUAUGGUGUAGGCCCAUCAAAUUACCCUCAGGGUGGCCCUUAUGGGGGCUCAGGAGCAGGACGUGGGUCGAACAUGAUGGGUGGAAGCCGUAACCAGCAGUAUGGGGGGUGGCAACAAUAGACUCAUUGUGCAAGGCUUGCCAGUCUUGUCCUCAACUUUUCGCGGUUUUUGCCACUUUGUUCCGGAUGUUACAUGUUCCGCGAACGUUGUUGGCGUAGCUAAUUUUUAAAUAUAAAAUUAGUUUUUGAGGUUGUGUGUGGUUUUUAAAUUUUUUUUAACGUUACUCAAUUCAAUUCUACUUAUUUUUAAUUCA